ACGUAUUUUCCUGGGCGGGGACAGUAAAAUGGCGCCAGAACUAGUGGCGGGCUGAGCACACUGGGUCAUUCGAAGCUGGCCCUGCGGUCCCCGGGCCGACCCGGCCCCUCCCGGACAUGGAGGACGUGGAGGCGCGCUUCGCUCACCUCCUGCAGCCCAUCCGCGACCUCACCAAGAACUGGGAGGUGGAUGUGGCGGCCCAGCUGGGCGAAUAUCUUGAGGAGCUGGACCAGAUCUGCAUUUCUUUUGACGAAGGCAAAACCACAAUGAACUUCAUUGAGGCAGCACUGCUGAUCCAGGGCUCCGCUUGUGUCUACAGUAAGAAGGUGGAAUAUCUCUACUCGCUGGUCUACCAGGCUCUUGAUUUCAUCUCUGGCAAGAAGCGGGCCAAGCAGCUCUCCUGUGCGCGGGAAGACGGGCCCAUCGGGGAUGCCGGCUCCAGGGCCCCCCAGGGAGUGGAGUAUGAGUUCCUGUCGUUGGAUGACCUCUCUGAUUCCCGUGCUAACGUGGAUCUGAGGAGUGACCAGGCCUCUAGUGAGACCCUCAUCGUCCCCCUCCUGCCCAUGGCCCUGGUAGCCCCUGAUGAGAUGGAGAAGUAUAAUAACCCCCUGUACAGCUGUCGGGGGGAGGUCCUGGCCAGCCGGAAGGAUUUUAGGAUGAAUACGUGCACCCCCCACCCCAGAGGAGCCUUCAUGUUGGAGCCGGUGGGCAUGUCCCCCACGGGGGCACUGCUGCCGAGGAACCAGAAGGAGGCCUCUGGGAGGGCUGAGGAGCAGCCAGUGGAAGUCUCUGUGCGCAGGAGUCCAGUCCCGCUGCUCAGCGCCUCCCAGGAGCCAGGCACCAUUCCAGAAGGCCCAGUGCCCGGAGGUGGGGGUGAAGAAGAGGAUACAGAGUGGGCAGCAGAGCCCCCCGAGGCCUCGGCCCCUGAGGUCCCGAUGGAGCCGCAGGAGCCCAGGAGCCCAGAGCAGAGUGCGGCCCAGCCCAGGAGGUGUGCACUACGGGAGCGAAGGGAGGCCCUGGAGCCUGCGUCCCGGCUGAAGGAGACCCCAGACCCCUGGCAGGGCCUGGACCCCUUCGACUCCCUGGACGCUAAGCCCUUCAGGAAAGGUAGGCCCUACUCUGUGCCCCCCAGUGUGGAGGAGGCUCCAGGACAGAAGCGUAAGAGGAAGGGUACCGUCAAGCUGCAGGACUUCCACCAGUGGUACCUGGCUGCCUAUGCUGGCCACGCUGACAGCAGGAGGCCCCGGCGAAAGGGCCCUUCCUUUGCAGGUGCGGCCGGGGCCUGGUGGGCUCUUCUGAGGGUUGAUGGCAGCACGCUCUGCCACCUCCCCUCAGCCUGGGGACACCUAGGGCCCGGGGUGGGUUCGGGUGGGCCUGGGCAGGAUGAGGGAGCCCUUCUCACGAGGCUUUCGUGUGCAGACAUGGAGGUCCUGUACUGGAGACACGUGAAGGAGCAGCUGGAGACCCUCCGGAAGCUGCAGAGGAGGGAGGCGGCUGAGCGGUGGCUGCCGAGGGCUCAGGAGGAACCGUGGCCCGCGGAGGAGGACCGGCUGGAGGACUCCCUGGAGGACCUGGGAGCGGCAGCAGGUGACUUUCUAGAGCCCGAGGAGUACGCAGAGCCUGAGGGGGCCGAGCCUGGGGAAGACGCAGACCUGGAAGCGGAAGCCAUGCCGGCCUCCCUAAGCUACGAGGAGCUGGUCCGAAGGAACGUGGAGCUCUUCAUCGCCACCUCGCAGAAGUUCGUCCAGGAGACAGAGCUGAGCCAGCGCAUCAGGGACUGGGAGGACGUCAUCCAGCCCCUGCUCCAGGAGCAGGAGCAGCAUGUGCCCUUUGACAUCCACACUUACGGGGAUCAGGUAGUCUCAAGGUUCAGCCAGCUCAACCAGUGGUGUCCCUUUGCGGAGUUGGUGGCUGGCCAGCCUGCCUUUGAGGUGUGUCGUUCCAUGCUGGCCUCCCUGCAGCUGGCUAAUGACUACACAGUGGAGAUCACCCAGCAGCCGGGGCUGGAGGCGGCGGUGGAUACCAUGUCCCUGAGACUGCUCACGUACCAGCGGGCCCACAAGCGCUUCCAGACCUACGCUGCCCCCUCCAUGGUCCAGCCCUGAGUGGGGAGCACUGAGACUGGGGUUGGGCCCUGGAGCCCUGUCCCCAGCAGGUGCUGGGCAUGCAUCUGCUCACUCCACUUUGCUUCCUGGCUCGCCCAGCCCAAUAAAGUGUUGCCACCCCGCCAAUCCCUUUAAAAAACCUUUACAAAACUCUUCCGUGUGGAGGAAAGGGCUGUCCAUCCUCUGCACCCCAGGAAGCUACCACGUCUCCAGCCCCUUUCCUGCCGUGGCCUCCAGGGGCUGCUGGUAUAGAUCUCAGGCACACACAGCUCCACCACAUCCUUUUAAUGACCCAGCUCAGUGCAGGACGCUGCGGAAGGCAGCCAUGUGGCGCCGCACACUGUCUGCGACCUGCUCGGCCGACCUGGCCCUGCCGUAGUAGUCUGUGAAGAGGCCGUCAGGGCUGAGCAGGUAGAUGGCGAUGGAAUGGUCCACGAUGUAAUCCUGGUCCUCGUCCUUGGGGCCAGCGCUGUAGUACACGCGGUAGCUGCGGCUCACCUGGGCAACCUGCUCAGCAGAGCCGGUCAGGCCCAGCAGCCUGGGGUGGAAGUCCUGCACGUAGUGGGCCAUGGCCGCCACGUCAUCCCGCUCGGGGUCCACCGUAAUGAAGAUGGGCUGCACGGGGGGCAGGCCAGGCUCCGCCUCCAGCUGCCGCACCACCUGCACCAGCUUCUCCAGUUCCUCGGGGCAGAUGUCAGGGCAGUGAGUGAAGCCGAAGUACAUCAGCACCCACUGGCCCCGGAAGUCAGCUUUGCAGCGAGCCUGGCCCCGGUGAUCCAGCAGGCUGAAGUCACCCUGGCCCACGGCAGCUUGGCGCAGGGCCUCUGUCCGUCGUUGCUGCUGCCACCGCUCCUUCUCGGCUCUCAUGGCCAGCCAGACCCCACCCAGCCCAGCCCCAAUCAAGGCUGUGAUCAGCAACCUAGUUCGUAGCCCAGGGCCCUGGGGCUGGUCCUGCCUUCCCGUCUCUGCAGGGCCCCGCCUUGAUAGGAGCCGGUACCUCACAUGCUGGGCCUCUCCUCCUGGGGUCCUAGGGAGAGCUGGAGGCUUGAGCUGAAAGAGCCUGUGCCAAGCCUUGGGUGCCUGAGCCAGCAACAGCAUGGCCUAACGCUCCUGGAAAAGAGCAAGGGUGUCAGGAGCCAGAAGGUGCCUCGGCCUCCCGGGUCAUACCCCAUCCUGGAGAUGCUGCCAUCUGAGGGACCAGCCCUACACAGGCUCUGCUAGCAGCAGCUGCUCACCUGGCGUCAGAACUGCUUCACCUCUGAAACCUCAAACUCCAGCUUAGGUGUCAUCAAGCGUCCACCCCUGUCCGUCCUGUCCUUUAGCCUGAGAGCCUCAGUCUAUCGCAUCCCACCCGGACCCUGCCCCCCGUCGUGUGCCUGCAGCUCUAACCAGCCCAGCCCUCGCCUGCACCUGAGCGUCUGAGCUGACCAAGAGAAUUCCAAGCGCAUGCCUCGCCCGGAUUCCUGAGCAUAUUUAUCUGUUUGCAAUAAACUCUCAUUUCUUGAAAGGAGGUAG